AUGGAGGACGACGACGCAUUCCUCUACGGCGAUUCAACUGGACCGCUCCAAGCCCCUCCUGAAACAACUACAUCUGUUCAGGAAAGUGGAGCAACAGCUUCCAACAACAUCAGCGCCUCUAUGGCUGCCUCGUUGGCCGCGUAUGGCAUCGAUCCUUCCACUGCAGUCGCUGAAGAAGCACCGGAGGAUGGAGGAGUGGAGGAGAGCGACGGGGACGAUGACGACUCGGACUCUGACGACGACGUCAAGCUUGUGUUCAACGCGGGUGCCCAGCGGCUGGACUUGCGCAAACCCCAACAACAGACAUCCAAUGUCAUUGGCAUUGGCAAAUGGGCUCACACCGCUACGUCGAUCGCGCCGCCUGCCGCGUCUCCUACCGUGAACAAGACGGUGUCUAAGCCAGCUCCGGAUGCGCUGACCGACUACAACCCUGCUCCUCGCCCUGGGGCACCUACGUCAACCUCCGCCGCCGGGACAAACCUGCAUGGCCACACCGCUCUGUCGUCGGCGACUGCGCAACCGAGCGACAUGCAUUCCCACCCCCAUGUCACAGUUGGCGGGCAACCCACCCAUGCAGCACUCCCGCACUCCUCCCUCCCUCCUCAGCUGGCCCCUAGUUCCGACUUCAAGGUGGAUCCCACCAACCCCACGGGCGUCAUUCCCAGCACUGGUACGAGCGUGUACGACAUUGAUGUCGCACAGUUUGAAGGCUCGGGGCAGAUGUGGCGCCGGCCAGGGAGUGACAUCUCGGACUGGUUCAACUACGGGUUCGACGAGGUCACGUAUCCGCGGUUCCUCAAGUUCCGGCAGGAGAUGGAGCAGGGACGAGCGGCGCUUUUGGGCCCGAUGGCGCCAAUCACGCCCGAGAUUGCGCAGAACCUGCAUGUCCCCUUGCCACCGCAGAUGCAGCAGAUGCCGCCCCAAAUGCAGCAGCAAAUGCAGCAUAUGCAACAAAUGCAGCAGAUGGCGACAUUGCAGGAGAUGAUGCGGAUGCAGGGCAUGGACCCUGCGGCCAUGUUCGGCAUGCAGCAAGGCAUGGGCGGCGACAUGCCGGGGAUGGGCAAUGGUGUCCAGCAGCAAGAAGACGAGGUCGCCAGCGAGGGGCAGCCAGAGCAGCCUUCGCAGACUCAACCAAGCUUCCCGAUUCUCGGCGGCAACACACCCGUGAGCGGGAUGGUACCGAACCGGGGAGGUGCGGCUAUGCGCGGUCGAGGAGGUAUCCCCGUUGGUCCUCGUGGAGUUGUCCCAGCUGCGCCUAAGAGCUCCAAGGGCCGUUUCAAGGACAAGGACCGCGUAACAGAGUCGAAUGCCGCCGCGGCUGCGGCCUCGCUCGACUACGGCGACUCGGGGCCCCCAAGUCGAGACCGCAGCCGCUCUCGCUCUGGCUCUCCUUACCGCCAGAGCAGUUCGAGGUACGACGAUGCUGCGCCACGAGAACGGGAGCGAGACCAUCGUGACUCGCGCUCGCAGAGCCGGUAUGACGAGGAGGGUGAAUACGAGGAUCGCGGCGAGCGCAGCGAGCGCAGCGACCGGGACCGAUAUGGAGAGCGUGACCGGUACGGAGGACGCGAGCGAUAUGGCGAGCGGGACCGGUAUGGAGAGCGCGAACGGCGUCGGAGUCCCAGGAGGUACGCCGAGGACGAGGAGGGAGUGUGGGAGAGCGGAGAGGAGGAGCGGCGGAGAAAGCGCUCGCGCAGCCCUGAAGAGGAGCGGCGGUCGACGCGUUCGAGCAAACGCCGGUUGUAG